GAGCGCAAGCGCACUUACUGCCGAUAGAGCGCUACAGCCGCUUCGCUUAAGCCCGCGGUGCGCAAGCGCGCGACAUCUCCGUUUCCCUCCCUCAGCCCCUUCCCCCCCUCCUUUCCCCUUCACGAAGCCGGCUCCGGGGCGCGCUCACCCCUGUGAGGAGGCCGGAGGUCGGACUCAGGAGGCUCCUCCACUCCCGGAAGAUCAUGUACCAGCCCAGCCGGGGUGCGGCUCGGCGGCUCGGCCCCUGCCUCCGCGCCUACCAGGCUAGACCCCAGGUGAGAGCUGAACCGGGAGAGAGAAGAGGGGGCGGGGAGAGACCCUCCUCAGAACCGGUGCGCGGGGCGGAGCGCGCACCGGUUUCCGCGCAGGCGCAGUGACACCCACCGCCCCUUCCCACCUGUGCCCCGCGGCGCGUGGACUGCCUAGGGGUCGUUGGGGCGGGGAGGCGGCGCUGCCGGGCCUGGAGCGCAGGGACGUCGGUGCCCCCAGGGCUGAGGGCUCACUGGCGGUGCGUUGCGCCCGACUGUCCUCGGUUACCUGUGCCUGGAGGUGAUUUGAAGGGCAGGGGCGGAGAGAUUUGCAGCCCGGCCGCGGUGCCGCCCCGGAAAUCCGCGGCCCAGAGCAGACCCGCGGGGCACCCACAGCAGCCCGCACAUCUUGCACCCGGAGAGCGGUCCUGGCACGAAGGCCGGCCACUGUGCACCCGGUUCGGGCCCGUGCGCCGGGGCUGGCAAGAUGGCCACGCCCCCAGCAGAGACGGCGCCUCUGGGACACCGUCGGGGACGGAGGACCAGCUUUCUCCAGGGAGUCUACCAUUCCCACCCCUUUGGCCCCCUUCCACAACAACCACUUCCCCAUCUUAUCCUCUACUCUGUUCUCCCCUGCCCCCAUGGCCUCCCACCCAGCGUCUUCCCCAGGCUCCCCCACUACCUCUCCUUCAGAUCCAGGCCCUCAACUCAGCAUGGGUGGCUCUCCCUCCAAGAAAUGAGGAGGAGGGACCAGAACCUGAAUUGCAUAGCGGCUGCCUGGAUGGGCUUAGAAGCCUUUUUGAGGGACCUCCCUGCCCCUAUCCUGGGGCUUUGAUGCCUUUCCAAGCCCCUGGAACUGCCCACCCUUCCCCCACCAACCCGUCCGGAGAUCCUAGUAUGGAGGAACAUCUGUCUGUCAUGUAUGAGAGACUGAGACAAGAGCUUCCCAAUCUCUUCCUUCAAUCCCACGACUACAGUCUGUAUUCCUUGGAUGUGGAAUUCAUCAAUGAGAUCCUCAACAUACGUACCAAGGGCCGGACAUUGUAUAUUCUUUCACUGACCCUCUGCCGUUUCCUGGCCUGGAAUUAUUUUGCACAGCUUCGUUUGGAGGUUCUGCAGCUGACCCGCCACCCUGAGAAUUGGACCCUGCAAGCCCGGUGGCGGCUCGUAGGGCUGCCUGUCCACUUGCUCUUUCUACGGUUCUACAAGCGUGACAAAGAUGAGCUUUACCGGACCUAUGAUGCCUACUCCACUUUCUACCUGAACUCCAGUGGCCUCAUUUGUCGCCAUCGCCUAGAUAAACUGAUGCCUUCACACUCACCUCCAACACCAGUGAAGAAGCUGCUAGUGGGAGCCCUGGUGGCCCUGGGGCUGUCAGAGCCAGAACCUGACUUAAACCUGUGUUCUGAGCCCUGAUCUUUGGCCUUGGAAUGGGAGCAGCACUGAAGACUGCUAUGCCUAAGAGGAGACAGAGGCAGCCAAGAAUCUCAGGACCCAGCUUCCUCUCCUCUCUCUCCUUCCUUCCUUUCCAUCUCAUGCUGUGUAAAGCUGCUGUGUAAUUUAACUUGUAAAUAAUAAAGUUUAACUGACUAUGAGAGAGAGAA